GUCGGCUGUGGUGCUGGUGAUGGAAGGGCUAGGAUCCAAUGCUGUAACAACUGCUCUCUCAUCUCCAGAGACACCCAUCCAGACAGUAUUUACUAACUCAGUAGUGAUUCAAACACAACUAAUUAAUGAAGAACAAAUUUCCAAAAGAGAAACUAUCAGGUUAGAAGCUCAAGGAGACCAACUGGCUAUUGAUCCAAGUGCACUGGCUUUGACAGCCACUCAAGGUUCUGUUGCUGUGGCUUUUUUAUCAUUCAAUGGGCUUGAAUCACUCCUAGGAAAUUCUUCUUCCCUGCAGAAUAUGACUUUGCAGAAUGGCAGAACUCUGGAAAACAUUCAUAUGAACUCCAGGGUAGUAAGUGCUUCUACCAGCAGCUGGACAAGAAAUCUUUCCAUCCCUAUCAACCUCACUUUUCGUCACCUUGAGGACAAGGAUCCCCAGAAAGAGGCUAUUUGUGUCCAUUUGAGCUCUGCAAGCAAGGAUAGUGCCUGGACUCCCGAGGGCUGCUGGCAUCUCCAUUCUAACAACUCUCAUUCCAAAUGCAGUUGUCAGUAUCUCUCUACGUAUGCUGUGUUGAUGGCUACCAUUCCCAAGCAAGGGGAUCUGGUUCUCGUCUUCAUCAGCUUCAUUGGACUGAUCAUUUCAAUCAUCUGCCUCUUCCUAUCCAUUGUCACCUUUCUCUACUGCCACGCUGUCCAAAAUAGCAGCACAUUCAUCCACCUACAACUGGGCCUGUGCCUCUUCUUUGCAGACAUUCUCUUCUUAGUGGGAAUAGACAAAACAUACAACAAGGUCCUGUGCUCAGUUAUUGCUGGGAUGCUACAUUACCUCUUCCUGGCCUGUUUUGUGUGGAUGUUCUUGGAAGGUGUGAACCUGUACUUCAUUGUCAAGAAUCUGAAAGUUGCAAAUUACAGUGGUGCCAACAAGCGUGUGAGGAUAUUCAUGUACCUCUGUGGCUAUGGGAUCCCUGCCUUGGUAGUAGCAAUUUCUGCAGCAAGUGCUCCAUGGGCCUAUGGGACUCAUUAUCACUGUUGGCUUAGUCCUGAUAAAGGUUUUCACUGGAGCUUUCUGGGACCAGUCUGUGCCAUAAUUGUGAUCAAUGCAGUGUUUUUCUGCCUUAUUCUGAAGAUCUUGCAUGAGAAGCUUGCAUCUCUCAAUUCAAAAGUAUCUACUUUGAAAAAUACCAGGUCACUGACAUUUAAGGCCAUAGCCCAUCUGUUCAUCCUGGGCUUGACUUGGUGCUUAGGCCUCUUUCAGUUUGGGCCAUUGGCUGAUAUUAUGGCAUAUCUGUUCACCCUCACCAACAGUGUGCAGGGAGCCUUCAUCUUCCUGGUGCACUGCUUGCUCAACAAAAAGGUGAGAGAGGCAUAUUGGAACUGGAUUUGUAGGAGAAAAACUAUCCAGCCUCCGUCUACUGAGAUAUCUAUGACUGCUGCUCCCUCUAGCGUUACCACGGAAAAUGUGCAGAGCACUGCUCCAGUACAUCAACAGCAAGUAGCAUGGACGACAGAGCCAUAA